CCAAACCAACAUUCCCCAAUCGCCAUCAUGCCGAUGACCUGGACUGAUCAAGCCGAUGCAAAACUCCUCAUCGGAAUCCUCCACCUAAGCACACAGAAAGUCGACUACGAAGCUCUUGCCGAAUGGAUGGGACCGGGUGUGCUCAUACCACCCACUCACCCAACUCUGUUCAAAGAAGCUAACCAUGUUGUGCUGUGGUAGAAUGCACCAAAAUCGCAGUCCAACGCCGCAUCCAGCGCCUCCGCGAGCAAGUAAACAAAGACUUCAAAAUCAAUCAUUCUGCGCCUGCUUCUGGUUCUGGUGCAGAUGACGAUGCUGGGGGGGGAUCGUCUGCGUCUGCGCCUGUUUCGCCCAAGAAGAGGAGAGGUGGGCAGGCUGGGAAGGCUAACGGGAAGGCUGCAAAGAAGGCCAAGAACAAGCAGGAGGAUGAAGAGGAGGAAGAAGUUGGUGAGGUUAAUACGGAGAUGGAGGUUGAGAAGGAUGAUUGAGGCCUAGUUUAUUGGUUGUGUUAUUCUGGUCGUACGAGGGGAAUCGGAGGGUCAUCAGAGUUAUGUAUUUCUAUUGGCG